AUGGUUCCUAUUACAUUGGAACCAUUGCGUAACUUUAACGUCCGUGCCAAGAUCGUUGGCCCUACUGGUUUGUUCGUGAAAUAUAUCCAACACGAAACACGCGUCCGUGUGCAGAUCAAAGGCAAAGGUUCAGGCUAUCUGGAGUCAGAGUCCGGUCGAGAGCUUGAGCAGACGAUGCAUAUCCAUCUCUCUGGUCCUGAGGCUAUUCAGGUUCACCGCGCAAAGUUAAUGGCCAUGGAUUUGGUUGAUGCAGUCACGGAAGAAUGGCGCAAGGCGAAAGCCUCAUUGAAUCGUGGUGCGGAGUCUCAGCCCGCUGAGCCAGAAGGCGAAGCUCCUCCUCCACCUGAAGAGGAUGCGGUACCUCCUCCGCCCCCAGAAGGUGCCGAAGUGCCACCACCACCAGAGGAUGACAUUCCGCCUCCUCCACCCACGGACGCGCCACCAGAGGAUCCUGAACCUCCCAAAGAUUCGACGACAGAGUCUACUGCGCCAGCAUUGGAGGAAGACGAAGAGACAAUGAUGCGGGAGUAUUGGAAAGAAUAUGUGAAAUGGGAAGAAUCUUUUGUCAACUAUCACGGCCGUCGUCCCACCAAGGAAGAGGGGGGACAGGAUGUUCCAGCGGAAUUCCGCGCAUGA